AUUUCGUUAUCUUCUCCGUUUUGUUAUAACCCUAGUUCGGAAGAACUCGCAUCUUUCGCCCAUUGUCUGAGUCUCACUCAUUCUCUUCCUCUCUCACAUUCAUCCGUCGACACCUUCUCUCUUUUUUCUCCAAACCCUAAUCUGGAUUCCCCCAUCCAGAUUCUAAUUUUCACGGUCUUCGCACACAGAUCUCUAAGCGCUUUCGUUUUCAUCGAUUAAAUAUCAAAAUUGGCUAAUAUUAUUAUUAACAACCUAAGGACAAGCAAUCGUUUCCCCCGAUUCUGGCGUUCGAGAGAAGUCGGUUUUUGAAUUUUGUUUCGAUUAAGUUACUUUUUAUUCCUAUUUUUAUUUAAAUCAAUAAACGGCGAGGUUGAGCGUUAGAGUUGGAAAUCAUUAAGAAAAUUACAGGUAAUAGGGAAAUCGCGUUGGUGAUCUAAAAUGGUGGGAGGUGGAAGCAGGAGGGAUGAAGGUUCGUUGGUUUUGAACAACACGAACGUGUUUGCGGCGCUGGACACGCUCAAGAAGAAGAAGAAGUCCGAUAAGGACCGCAAGACCAAGGGCUCCUCCACCAAAUCCCAGGGCCAGUCCACCAAAACCGAGGCCCAAGUCUUUUGGGCCCCCGCCCCGUUGAACGCCGUAUCUUGGGCCGAUGUUGAUGACGAUGACGAUUACUAUGCCACCACGGCACCGCCUCAAUCUGUGUGGGGCGUUUCCGAACCUCAACACAGUCAGGAGGAUAAACAUGAAAAUUUUGAGGAUAGUGAGAGUGAGGAAGAUAUUUUGGAUGAAGGGGACGAUGAGGUGGAGGAAGAGCAUGAUCACGAACCAGAAGAAUCUGUGAAACCUGAACAUGAGGUUAAGAAGGAAGCUGAUGUUUCCGUGCCACCCCAAAAGGAGCCAGAACGGCAGCUCUCUAAAAAAGAAAGGAAGAAGAAGGAACUUGCUGAGCUAGAAGCUCUUCUAGCUGAUUUUGGAGUUGCACCGAAGCAAAGUAAUGAUGGUCAAGAGGAGUCACAAGGUGCUCCUCAGGAUAAGAAAGGUGUUGAGACUGAUGGUGAUGGAGAAAAGAAGGAAAAUGUCAAUGCAGAGUCCAAAACUUCCAAGAAAAAGAAGAAGAAGGAUAAAGCUUCCAAGGAGGUGAAAGAAUCUCAGGAUCAACCCAAUAGUUCAGACACAAACAAUGGGCCUGAUUUGGCCUCAGGCUCUGAAAAUGUGGAUACAUCUACUGUCGAAAAUGUGGAGGAGGAUACAUCUGCUGUUGAUGUGAAAGAGCGUCUUAAGAAAGUUGCUUCUAUGAAGAAGAAGAAAUCUAGUAAAGAAAUGGAUGCUGCUGCAAGAGCUGCUGCUCAAGAGGCUGCUGCAAGAAGUGCAAGGCUUGCUGCUGCUAAGAAAAAAGAGAAGAACCACUAUAACCAGCAGCCUGUGCGGUAAAAGAACCUUGCUCGUUAACAUCAAUACAGGAAUUUGUAUUUCUUGUUCAUAUGAUGAUGCCGAAUAAACAGUGGGCCUUUUGCUCUGGUGAGUGGUGAUGACUCUAGUAGUAUCCAGGUGUGGACCUGAGAAAUUUUCAUCUAGCUUUUUUUGGAAAUUAGUGUUGUUCAAUUGUUAUGGAUUUGCUAUUUGGGCAAAGAAAAAUUUAGCUUUAAAUAUUACCUGAACUGCAUAGUUGUGUAUUGAUGUUCUUAUAUGUCUGUCCAUGGCUGAUCAGUUAGUUCCUACUGAGAGAAGUUUAUGUUUAUUCUAUAGAAAAUGUUAUUCUAUAGAAACUGCUGUGAUGCUUUUAAAGUUAUUAUAAACCUUACGAUAUUGAUUCGAUUUGUUUGUAGUUGAGGUUCA